CAAGAAUGUCAGAAUUUCUCCAAUAAUUUCCCAGCAUGCCUCUCUCUCUGCCUCAGGCUCAGUGAGUGUGUGUGAAAACAUUGUGUGGGGAAUAUUGGUGAUCCAGGAUCAAUACAUUACAAAUGAAAGAUGGAGGAACACACUGUCUGAUUUUACAGAGGGAUAUUUACAUGAUAAUGGUCAUGACCCGUCUCCAUGGUUACUCAAAGCGUAAUGUCCACCGCCUGUUCUGAAUUUACUCAGAAUGCCUGGAAAAAAGAUCUCUGCAAGAACUGUCAGCGGCCCCGAGCAGAGCACAGCAUCGUGGGAGAUUUCAACCCGGAGUCUACGAGCUCACCUAUCCCUACAAAACGGACUUCCAUCAUCGCUGAUGAUGUCAUACAUCAGGCAAAACGCAACGCUUCCUUGAUUCUCUCAGAGUUAGAGGGUCGAAGUGAUGGAAAUUCUGACUCACGUAAACCGCGGACUUCUCGAAGUUUAUCCGUGGAAAAAGAGAAAAUACAAAAGUCGCUGAUAUCGUACUCAAAAGUGACUGUUAAUAAUGUACGAAGUAUUCUAGUCAAAAAUGGUGAAAUACGCAGGAAGACGUACGAUAUUUCUUUUGUGGAGCAAGAGCCCUCUGUGAUCGGGGAGGAUGGGGGAUAUGACAAUCUAUUUUUAGACAAAGAGGAACUUCCUGUGGAGGAGGACACUGGGGAGGAUAUUUCGUUCACGGAGGAGGAGCGGGAAUUUGUGCUUCAGGCGUUACAUAAUACAAUCUGGAAUUCAGAUCUGAACAAUCUAAAUGGUGCUAAGAAUAGAACAACUGAGGAUGAUAAGAGUUAUGAAUUUGAGGAUGCUAAGCUGUCCUCACUAUGGAAAAAAGACAGGUUCGCAACACUACGGGACUGUGAUAAAUUAUUCUCCCAGAGGUUCGGGACAUUUCCUCUCAGAAAACCUCUCGGCUCAAAGUCAAGUUUAGAGCAAAUGUUUGAUAGGGACGGGAAACUUGAGAGGUCAUCUUCCGAUUGCGAUCUGAAAAAAAUAGAGGAGGAGAGAGAGGGAACGCACUAUGAAACAAAUUUCUCGCUGUUCGAGAAACGCCGCAGUCGGUCGGCCUCCGAAAUGGAGGGUCAUGUUGAAGAGCAGGGAGGGGCACAGCCGUACAUGGAUGUAAAUAUCAUGCAAUUUAAUGGACAGGGUGAGGAAAUAAAAAACGGAGAAGAUGAUGUGUUCGAGAUGGACAAAUUCGAUGCAGAGAGUUUGUUUGAGAAUUUUUCCACAGAAAUAGAUUUUGAUUCCUCGUCAGCCGGAAUGGCUUUAGUUGACCAUUUAAAUGCCAUAUUGGCACGAUACAGUGACAAUGUCUCAAUUAAAGGGUUUGAUGAUAAUGAUUUUUUGCCAGAUUCUGACCCAGGUGACCUUCCAGCCAACAGUGAAAAAAUCCUGGAGAGUUUGAGAAUUCCCAAGGGUAGUAUAAAGUCAAAAGAGCUGGAGGCAAAGAUUGUGUCACUAGCCACCGAUAUAAGGAAGAAGAAGCGCCCUGCCCCCCGUCCUCCUGUAGCCCCACCCCCUCAACCCACUUCCAGAAAAAGCUCAAGUCUGAAUAGUGACCAGUCCUCCAAAAAACCAUCGCCAUCACACUCACAAAACUUAUCUGAACCAAACUUUAAAAUGGUGCCUAUUGGUAAAUCUAUCACUGGCAAUAGUCAGGAGAAAUUCCUAUCACCCAAACGCACAGGUGACUUUCAUGAUGAUUUAAUGGACAACAGAGCUAAGAGUGAUAACAGCAAAGGGAAAAAAGGGAUCACCUCCUUUUUCCGCAGUAUACUACGCAGAGGGAAAGAUUCACCUGAGAACUCCACGGAACAGAUCUCUGAGGCUUCUAGUCCCCCCAGAGUCGCUGCACCAAUUACUCCAGUCACCCCCUCACCGGAAAAAAACAAGGAGCCAUCUCCUGAAGCUAGAGAAGAGAAGAAGUCACCGCAGGUCAAAGCCAAAGUCCUGCCUGCUGUGUCAUGUAGGAAAUCCCGAACCAGCAUCAUAAUGUCAGCUACCGAGACAUCAGCCCUGUUUAAUGGACCACAGGGAAAUAAAACAGAGGAGACAAUGGAAAGUGAAAGUAUGACAAGUAGCAUGAUUGUGGAGGAAAAUGAAAGUAAAAGUGAAAGUACUCCUAGUGUAAAACCAUCUGUACCAACAAGACCAAAACCCCCACCAAACCCUAAACGACCAACGGUCUCCCCCCAGCAUGCAACAAGGGAGGGACGUUCCUCUUCCCCUGCCUCAGAAAGAAAGGGUUCCACAGGGGGUAAAGACAGGAAGGGGUCAGACAGUGAAAGUGCAACAGGGAGUUUAGAGAGGCCAGACAAAGGGAGUCUGGAAAGAGAGAUCAGUAGAGCUCUGUCCAAAGAAGAUAGCCCCAAGAAAGAUACGGAGCCUCAGGUUGUGAGAAGGCGAGCAAAGAGUCCUAAACGAGUGUCUGCGCCUCAGAAACCAGCAGUACCACCUGGGAAGACUGUAGAAAGUAAAAACGCCUUGUUUACAAAAGAAUUGGAAAUGAGGCUGAGUAAAACUCUGGACUCCAAGGCCACACCGCCAUCUGCAGGUCAGAAAGGGAAUGUGGCACCACCUAGUGGUGGUGGACAGAAACCAAAUGUGGAGGUGAAGAAGUCAGCACCUAAUCCACCCACUACAGCUGUCAGGUCAGAGGUCACAGCGGCUCCACCUGGUGGUCAGAUCAGUCAACAGUCAGCAGGUAGGUUGAUCACCUCUAUGACAGGUGGCUCCACAUUGAAUCGUAGGAACACUAUCUCUGUAGGAGAGGACCCCUCCAUGGUCUCAGGAGAAUCCACUUCCUCCGGAUCAACAGCAGAAAAAUACGAUGAAUGGCCAGAGUUUUCUCCUCUUGGUUCCCUUGAAAAUGUUUAUGAACCAAUUAUCCCUAAGGAGCCCCCUCCCCCUCCCCCCUCUGGGCCUCAGGGUGACGGUGAUCUGACAGCUCCUCCAAGCACCGCCCUGGCCGUUCCUAAGUCUCCCAGUGAGGGAUAUCUGGAGCCGGUCACUCACCGGUCUACAGCAGCCAAUGAAACGCCAGUAACCACGGUAACCACAGCAACCAAUAACCAACUGACCAAUCAUCAGUCAGUCAUGACUCAGUCAACCAAUGAAAUGAUUGUCUCUGAGGAGGUCAAGGUUUCCAUGGAAACAUCAGUUCAUCAGGAGGUCAGUGUGGAUAACGUACAAAAGAGUUCAGUGGAGCCUGAGAUCUCGACAGAGAGAGAAAGAAUCCUAGCUUCACAACCAAUUUAUGAAGAGAUCAAUGGAUAUGGAAAGGAGCCAGCUAAAGAGUCGCCGAGUUCAGGGGAUCUUCAGAAAUCAGUCAAUGACAGUUUAUCAAAAGAGAUGCACAGGUUCAUGACGGACAGUCUGACAGUGGAUAUGAAUGAGUCGGUGAUUUCAUUGGACCGUGACUUCCCGCCGGCGUCGCCGUCACAGACGGGCAUGUCCUCGGGGUCAGAACCGUCCUCCCAGUGCAGCACGCUCAGUCGACCGAAACCGUUACCAAGGAAACGAUCCAAACGGGAGAGCUUCUCGCUGGAGCAGCCCUAUAUAGCGAUGAAUCGUGGGAGCGUGACGUCGGCGCUGAACGAGACACAGCUGAGGGACAUGUUGAAUCAGCUCACGUCGAUGAACCUUCAGACACUGAGGGAUGUUUACACACAGUAUGAGCGUAUCUUUAUAAAGGAGCCGGUAUCUCUGGGCGUGCCCACGGCCGGUCCACUGAAGUGGACAGAUUUUGAUAUUUACGGGAAACCUGUCCACUCCUCUGAGCGAUGUGUUGUGUACAAUGCCAAGCUCAGACUCAGCUCAACCAACUGUCAACUCAUGCUACAGCACACAAAGCCUGACCUGAUGUCUUCCCAGCAUCCCACACUGCUGAAGCCGACCGUCAUCUUCUGUGAUCACAUCCCCUACUCCUAUCUCACUGAGGACUUCAUCAAAACCAAUCAGCUCCUCCUCAACCUACACACCAACCAAUCAAACUCCGCCAAGUGUUUCGUGGCUGUUGGACAGUUUGACAUUUCUGACAGCCUCUCCAGUCACAUGACCUCUAUUCGCCAUGGUAACAGUCAGGUGAUGUGGACAGUAGAGGACAUGAUGGAGAAUGUUCUAUUCUUUAUGUUACAAAUCCUCAGUGCGAUCUCUCACUGUCUCGAUCAAGGCUUUAGUCUAGGAGACGCUAAUUUCCGGGAUGUAUUUAUUAUUACCAGUAGCAACUGUUCCCAUGGUAACAUUGUGGCAUUCCUUCCCCAUCAGAGGUCACUAGAUGGUUCCCACAUUGAUUCCGUGUUCUGUUUUCUGGAUAAGUAUCUCGCUGAAAACAUGUCAAGUCGAAGUGAGUACGAGUUUGGGAAAUUCGUGGGAGGAGUUCUGAAAGUGCAAAAAAUGUUACAGUGUCGUAAGAUCGAGAUCCUGCCGUUAAUUCGUAGUUACGUGGAGUUUCUUCUCUGGGGACCAAGCGAGACGUCGUGGCAGGGCGGGGUGGAGCGAACCAGCAGCCUGGAGCCCAAACUGUCCAUGUGGUUAGAGAAAGAACGGGCAGCGAUGGUGCAUAGAUUCGCCCGGGAAUCGGCAGUCGAAGAGAAGAAGUAUUCCAUCACUGAGUUUUACAGAAUGAAGUUCCUGUUAAAGUCUAGUGCUGUCAGUCUGUCUGAGUGUGUCAGGACUCAUAUGUCUUACUGAUCUAGGUCAAGGUCAGACAAGGUCAUUUAAUCAGAAAUAUGAUUUACUGUUUGAUGAUAUUGGUCAUAUCUACAAUUUAAUGAUAUAUGUUUGUAGUUUUUAUUCUUAAAUGAAAAUGUGAACAAGAAGCAUUGAAAAUAUGUCAAAUUUAUACCUAUUAAAUUCUUAAUUGUUUCCCUCAUGACUAGUGCUGCUUUAAGAAGAGAAAUCAAAUUUUUCAUAAGUC